UGCAAUUGUUCGGUGGUUUUUUCCUCCUCUUCGCCUUUUUCGAGGUGACCACCACCGUGAAAUCGCCCAAUCGCGAUUGUCCCCUCAUUAAAGUCGCCAAUGGACGUGUCCGGUACCGCCAACGUGGCAAAAUCGCGCGUGUUUUAUGCAACACUGGGUAUACACUAGCCGGUGAUAGAUACACAGUGUGCGUGCAAGGCGUGUGGGACAACACAUUUCCAAAAUGCGGGGCACUUGUCGAACGGCCAAACCCCCCGUCAAUGGAUUCAUCUAUCCGUCACAUGGGGGCGCCGUUUUGAAUUUUUUCUGUAAGAGUCACUUUCAACUACGAGGCUCGAGUAUUGCAUACUGUGAUGGUUUACAUUGGGAUAACCCACUUCCAGUAUGUUUAGCGACUAAUUCAAGCCCCGCCCUGUCCUGUGAUUUCGAAUGGGAAGACCUGUGUGGGUGGAACCACGACUUAAAUCAUGAUUUUGAUUGGACGCGGUUAAAUUACGCCACGCCUAGUGCGUCUAUAGGCACCGGGCCGUCACAUGACCACACCAAAGGGGCCGGUAAAGAUGGUUUCUACAUGUAUAUAGAAUCAUCAGCGCGAAAUAUCAACGACACAGCUCGGCUCAUUUCGCCUGUUUAUGACAAAACCGACGAAAAUGUCUGUUUUGAGUUUUAUUACCACAUGUAUGGGUCUACAACCGGAAGUCUGCGAAUCUACUUAAAAAAAGUGAAUGAGACGUGGCAACUUGAUCCCAAAAAAUCACUCUGGGAGAAAUCUGGCAACCAGGGAAAUCGCUGGUAUCGCGGUUUUAUCACAAUUGGCUCAAUUAAUACCGAUUAUCAAAUAGUGAUAGAAGGGGUACGAGGGCGGAGUUAUGUCAGUGACAUAGCAAUCGAUGACGUACGAGUGAUACACAAUUGUUCUCCCGAUGAUGAAAUCGAAACUGAAACGACGACGGCGGAGCCAAGCACUUGGACGCCAAUCAGUGUCGAGUCUUGCGAAAACCGAUGCAACACUAACGACACCCAUUUUUCUGAUUGGUUGAUCACUUGUGACUGUGAUGAGGGGUGUUUCGAACGUAAUCGAUGUUGUCCCGACUACUUUGAUUUCUGUUUGAGUGAUACGCCCACAAGUGUCACUAGUGAAACUAGUGAAAUUACUACAGUCACCGUCACUAGUACUUCUACGACUACGUCCGCUACUACUAAAACAGUGACUGAGACUUUUCCGCCAAUGAAAGAAAGCGAAAUAAUAACCGACUACGAGGACAGUGAUAAGAGUUACGACCAUCAGAAAAUAGUGAUCGAUAAUAAAAUUGUCACAAGUGAUAUGAAAUCGAUAGUUUUCGGUGUUGGGGUUGUUUUUGGUGUUUUAUUCGGUGUGGUUGGUAUGGCAUUUGUGGCGCGGCGGUACCAACUGUGUCACUGUCGACGCUUGAAACAAACGUCAAACGGUGACAGUCAAAGCGAUGUUCGAUUUUUAACAAGUGACGAAGUGAUCGAUUUUAGUCUGGCUAGUGAUUAUGACACGUUGUGAAAGCAAACGUUUUAAAACUAUAAAUAUUUUUUUAUUAAAUCAUCUGUGCUCUCAAUUAUUUACAAUGUACAAUAAUAAAAUCUUUCAAAUUUU